AUAUCCAUGUCCACCCACACACAGGAAGUACGAAUCUGCUAUAUAAGUGUUUUCUUUGUCAAUCGAUAUCUCCAACAACGUUACCCUUCGAUACCUCCUUUCUAGCAUCACCACCUAUCUCCGACGUUUGUUGCAACACUGUAGAGGCUAUUUCCGGCGACUAAAUCGCGACUCUUUCUACUCAUCAGAAUAAAGAAAUGAGGAAAAAAUCCAAUUCCCAUUCCACCAUCAGUCCUCCUUCAACCUUAAACCUUUCUUUAUUCUUCGCUUCUAUGAUCGUAUCUCAUCUUCCUUCAUCUUCUCGGGUUUCCAUCUUUUCGACUUAUGCAUUUGAGAAAGCUCAUAAGUUGGAUCCGACUUCAAAACUGCCCUUCUUUAGCAGCUUGAAAGGGUAAGCAUUCUCACUCUUUAAUGGUGUUUUGCCCUCUCUUUUAUGUUUUUAGCAUUUCAAUCAAUGAAGAAUCCUAUUUCAUUUUGAUCAAGAACAUGAUGCUGAUAAGGCUGUUGACAGGUGAGUCUUUUAAGAUGCAUCAUUUACAUUAUGUUUAUUCUCAGUUUCUGUACUUAUUCCCAUUUUACUUACCUCUAAAGAGCCCUACAAUUUACAAUAUAGUAAAUCUUUUAUUUAUAUGACCAAAACCAUUUUAAAGGCAUGACCCAUGGUUGUGGCCUUGAGACCUAUUAUGUAGAAAUAAAAAGGAAGAUGGUGAUUAAUAGAAUACAAAAGCAUAGAAAAAGGAUUUCGUAUUGCAUGUUAAAAGUUAAAACUAAUAAAGGAUAAAUUCACUUUCUCCUAUCAUCUUAUAAGUUGAAGAAAGAACAAAGGGAGACCUAAAUCAAAGUCCCAUGUAACAUUUGCUCUUUUGUUUUACACCAUAGUAAUCAGCAUAAAAAACUUGUAUCUCAUGUUAUUUUCGAAACAUCUAACACAGAAAGUCUAUUUUGUUUUCAUAUUUAUUUGUUUUUUUGGGGGAUUAAAGAUAAAACAAUUAUAUGGUGUCUGAGAAGCAAAAUAACAGGGGGUUUUCUAUAAUUUGGUACAAACAUGGGCUUUCUUGAAGCUACAUGCAACAUACCUGCAGAUUGACUUGCCGCCUAUAUAUAACUUCUAAAAUGCCACGCGGUGACCAAACUUCCACAUAAAUUAAAUGUAAUCUCUAAUCCUUGCAAAAUAAAACAUAUUAAGCAUCACCUUGCAUAAAUUGGUUUUUUUGAUAAUUAGGAUGAGGAGGGCAUCCACGUCUUUUCCAGAGACAGGGAAAGCAACCACACAGACCAACGGAUGACACAGGCUGGCUUGAAUAGUUUUGAUCUAUACACAAUGGCUGGAUUCCACCCACCAGGGGACCCCUACUACCCGAAUCAGGGCAAUGGAGGAUGGGUAGAGGAGGACCCCGGAGAGGACAAAGAACCCAUAGAGUUGGAGGAAGGGGAUGACUCUGGGACAGACUCAGAACCAGAAGUAAUCAACCCACCAGUUGCCCAACCUCCCGUAGUUAGGAGGAGCUUUCAAGGACCAACUCCAAUUUGGGGAAGUCACCUUCACCAUUGGAGCCAACAGCAAGGAGUACGUCCUCCCUACGGUAUGUGUCGGGACUUUUACGACGUCAGGGAUGGAGGUUCAACCGACCGAGCACUCCCAGCCAUGGUAGGCAAACUAGCCAACCAGUCCUAUCAAUCCGGGGUCCAAGCAAACUGGAUUCGUGAAGUCAACGUGGAAGUACAAGUUCACACUUCCGACAUCCAUCGACUGGACAAGUUGCAGGAUGACGCCCAAAUCUGCGCCGACACAUUCCAAGCACAACUGAUUGCAACCCUCUCUGAGAUAAGGGAACAGCAAGCCGCCUUCGAUAGGCGCCUUAUGGAAGCAAAGCAAUCAGACACGGAUUCGAGCUCCAAGCGCAACCUACGUCGCAAGUAGGACUUGCCCGAAUCCCAAAAUUUUGUGAUAGAAUAGGAACUCGGCUAAAAGUAUUACUUUUCUUUAACUUCUGUAUCGAAGAUCCUUAGAAGGGUCGAAAUUUUCCUAACUUCAAAUGUAACUCAACGUAUGUUUAAUAUAUAUGAAGAAAUUCCUUUGUGUGUUAAUUCUUUGAAUACCACUCAGAUUCAUAAGUUUAUCUAUCAUUAUGAAAACUUUUGUUAUGAGUCAAGUUCUAAAACCUUGGGUAGGACUGUCGCAUUUAUAAAUUGAUAACAUAACAAAUGUAUUAACGCACAACUUCCAAUCAUUAAAAACUUACGUUCUUCAUUCUAUUUCUUUAGCAACACGAUGCCGCCUCGUAGAUCUACACGCCGUGUCAACAACGCAACACCACCACCACCACCACCACCUCCAUCAACGGAUAAUGCCGCCUUGAUAGCUGCUGUAACAGCUGUAGUGACAGCAGUAAUGGCACAGAUGAGUAAUAAUGGGUCCGGAAGUGGAGUAAAUAGCUCUAUGAAUGGCCAACACCAGGGUCGUUCAGGGGAUUGCAGUUUCAAGGACUUCACCAAUAGCAAGCCCAUAACUUUUAACAUAUCUGGAGGGAUAAUGGAUCUAUCACAAUGGAUAGAGAAAACAAAAGCGGUUUUCGAGAUCUGUGCAUGUCUGGAAGUGAGCAAGGUAAAAUUUGCCGCUUGUACAUUCUCCGAGAGAGCUCUGACAUGGUGGAAUGGCCACGUCAAGUCACUAACUCAGGUAGUGGCAAAUUCUAUGGGCUGGGAGAAUCUAAAGCAAAUGUUAAUGCAAGAGUACUGUCCAAGGGGCGAAGUACAAAAGCUAGAACAGGAACUUUGGGGCCUUACUAUGGUAGGCUCGGACAUCACGACCUAUACCAAUAAGUUUAGUGAUUUAGCAAUCCUUUGCCCAGGAAUGGUUGCGAUAGAGAGCAAGAAGAUCGAAAGAUACAUCUGGGGACUGUCGCCCCAGAUUCGAGGAAGUGUACUAGCUUCCAAACCAGUCACGUUCGAUAGCGCCAAACAGUUGGCACAAGCUCUCGUUGACCAUGGAAUCUGUACAGGCUUCGUAACUGCUGUCCCGGAGCAGACCAUAGGAAACAACAACAACAACAUCAGUACCAACAACAACAGCAAGAAGAAGUUUUGGAACAAGAGGAAGAGUCAGUUUUCACAGGAACCUUCUAAGAAGCAACAAAUAGUGGCAGUCCAUGCCGCUACUACCCCCACUGCUGCUCCUGUUACCUCUGCACCAGCAAGGCAAUACGCUGGGAACCUACCGAAGUUCAUCAAAUGUAAUUUCCAUCACGACGAAAAUUGUCGGGAGAUGCAUUGCAACAACUGCAACAAGAAAGGGUACACUGCCCGUUUCUGUAAGACACCGGCACGACCAAUCACCAAAGUCCCUGGAGUCGGUGUAGGUCAGGCGUGUUAUGGGUGUGGGGAGGCUGGACACUACAAGAGGGACUGCCCUAAGGCAAGGAAGGCUGGCGACAUGGGAAGAGUGCUGGCAAUAGGGCAGAACGAAGCAAUAGCUGAUCCCACGGUGGUUAUGAGUACGUUUCUCCUCAAUAACGCUUAUGCAUGCAUACUCUUUGAUUGUGCUGCGGAGAGGAGUUUCGUGAGUCGUAAAUUCAAACACAUACUAAAACAGAAUCUGCAAUCACUCAAUAAGAUAUUUACAGUAGAAAUAGAAAACGGUAGAACAGAAAGCACAAACGAUAUGUACAUAGGUUGCACGCUAACUCUAAAUGAACAUUCAUUUCAAAUCGAUCUAAUGUCGAUCACUAUAUAGAGCUUUGAUGUCAUCAUCGGUAUGGAUUGGUUAAGCCUACACCAUGCCAAUAUACUCUGUCACGAAAGGUUCGUUCGCCUAAAUCUGCCAAACGGCGAAACUCUUGUCAUUUAUGGUGACAAACCCGGUAAGAAUUUACAAAUCAUCUCUUGCGUCAAAGCCCAAAAAUACCUGCGUAAGGAGUACCAUGCCUUCUUAGCCCACGUAGUAGAUAAGGAGAAAGAAGAGAAAGACCUCAAAGACAUUCCAAAGGUCUCCGAUUGUCCCGAUGUCUUCCCUAAAGAUCUUCUAGGACUCCCACCAGAACGACAAGUCGAGUUCAGAAUUGAUUUAAUCCCCGGAGCUACCCCAGUAGCUAAGUUGCCGUAUCAUCUAGCGCCAGCUGAGAUGCAAGAAUUAUCCAGCCAAUUAAAUGAACUACUCAACAAAGGAUUCAUCAGACCGAGCUUUUCACCCUGGGGAGCACCAUUUAUGUUUGUAAAGAAGAAAGAUGGAUCUUUCUGCAUGUGCAUCGACUACCGAGAACUCAACAAGCUCACUAUCAAGAACCGAUAUCCCCUACCACGCAUUGACGACUUGUUCGACCAACUCCAAGGAGCGAGUUAUUUCUCAAAGAUUGAUUUGAGAUCCAGGUAUCAUCAGCUACGAGUCUUGGAAGGAGAUGUUCCCAAAACAACCUUUCGAACUCGUUAUGGUCACUACGAGUUUGUAGUGAUGCCCUGUGGAUUAACAAAGGCACUGGCGGUGUUCAUGGACUUAAUGAACUGAGUGUGUUGUUCAUUCCUGGAAAAAUUUGUGAUCGUGUUCAUAGACGAUAUACUCAUUUAUUCAAAGAGUAGAUAGGAACAUGUUCAACACCUCCGACAAAUCUUGGAAACUCUAAGAAAAGAGAAGCUAUACGCAAAAUUUUCAAAGUGCGAAUUUUGGAUAUGGAGAGUAGAUUUCCUAGGUCAUGUGGUUAGCAAAGACAGGAUACACGUGGACCCUUCCAAACUCAAGGCAAUAGAGAACUGGUCAGCACCAAGAACCCUAACGGAAAUCCGACAAUUCUUGGGCCUUGCUGGCUAUUACCAAAGAUUUAUACAAAACUUCUCGAAGAUUGCUAAACCACUUACCACCUUGACGCAGAAGGGUGUAAUUUUCAAUUGGGAAGAAAGAAAAGAAGUUUCAUUCCAAACACUGAAGCAGGCACUAUGUAGCGCGCCUAUAUUAUCCUUUCCAGAAGGAACAGAAGACUUCGUGGUCUACUGUGAUGCAUCUAAUCAAGGUCUUGGAUGUGUUCUAAUGCAAUGAGGAAAGGUCAUCGCCUAUGCCUCGAGACAACUCAAGACGCAUGAGGUCAACUACACUACACGCAACCUCGAACCGGGGGCAGUCGUUUUCUCCUUAAAGAUUUGGAGACACUAUCUCUACGGCACAAAAUGCACAAUCUUUACUGAUCACAAGAGCCUUCAGCACAUCCUCAAUCAAAAGGAACUCAACAUGAGAUAAAGACGAUGGGACGAACUGUUGAAUGACUACGAAUGUGAAAUUUCUUAUCAUCUAGGAAAAGUGAAUGUGGUGGCUGAUGCUCUUAGUCGAAAGGAAUACUCAGGCCGCCGAGUGAAAUCCUUAACCAUGACGAUCCAUUCACACCUGUCCACGAAAAUCAAGGAAGCUCAGAUGGAAGCCUUAAAAUCAAAAAAUGUGACGAGUGAAGCCUUAAGGGGAAUGGAUAAGAAUCUUGAGGUUAAGGGCGAUGGAGUUUGUUACUUCGUGGAUCGGAUCUGGACACCGAAGUUUGGUGGAUUCAGAGACGUUGUCAUGAACGAAACUCAUAAAACUCGAUACUCAGUGCAUCCAGGGUUGGACAAGAUGUAUCUGGACCUCAAGAAACUGUAUUGGUGGCCGAACAUGAAAGCAGAGAUCGCUACCUAUGCGGGCAAGUGUCUGACUUACACCAAAGUCAAGUUCGAGUACCAAAAGCCAUCCAGAUUACUACAACAACCUGAAAUACCCGAGUGGAAGUGGGAGUGAAUAACCAUGGAUUUCAUAACCAAAUUACCCAAAACAGCAGGUGGUCUAGACACCAUCUGGGUAAUCGUCGAUAGAUUAACAAAAUCCGCACACUUCCUACCCAUAAAGGAAACCGACAAGAUGGAGAAGCUAGCUUGAACAUACAUCCGAGAGAUUGUACGACUACACGGUGUACCAAUAUCCAUCAUCUCCGACAGAGAUAGUAGGUUCACCUCGCGAUUCUGGCAGUCGCUGCAAAAGUCUCUAGGAACUAGGCUAGACAUGAGUACCGUCUACCAUCCACAAACCGACAGUCAAAGUGAGAGGACCAUACAAACCUUGGAAGAUAUGCUAAAAUCUUGUGUAAUCGAUUUUAGUAAGGCAUGGGAUACCCAUUUACCACUAGUCGAAUUCUCAUACAACAAUAGCUAUCACUCUAGCAUUAAAGUUGCUCCAUUCGAAUCCCUUUAUGGCCGCAAGUGCAGAUCACCACUGUGUUGGGCUGAAGUGGGCGACACACAACUAGCCGAGGGACAAGUACCCGAAAACGCUCUUACAGGACCGGAAAUCAUAAGAGAAACAAAUGAGAAGAUUGUUCAGAUUCGGGAAUGACUAAAGGCUUCAAGAGACAGACAAAAGAGUUAUGCGGACAAAAGACAGAAGCCCUUGGAAUUUCAGGUCGGGGACCGAGUGCUAUUAAAGGUCUCACCCUGGAAAGGGUUAAUAUGCUUCGGAAAACGUGGGAAACUAAACCCAAGGUAUAUCGGACCAUUCGAGAUCCUUGCAAGGAUCGGUCCGGUAGCAUACAAACUUCGACUACCGCAGGAACUCAAUAACGUACAUCCUAUUUUUCACGUGUCAAACUUGAAGAAAUAUUUGUCUGAUGAGAUCCUCGUCGUCCCACUAGACAAAAUUGAAAUCAACGAGAGUCUCCACUUUAUAGAGGAACCAAUUGAGGUCAUGGAUACGAAAAUUAAAAGAACAAAGCAAAGUCACAUAUCCAUUGUGAAUGUCCACUGGAAUGCAAAACGAGGACCUGAAUACACUUGGGAGCACGAAGAUCAAAUAAAAAAAAAGUAUCCGCAUCUCUUUCCCUAAUCCACAAAUAUUUAUCUUACAUUAAAUUUCGGGACGAAAUUCCCUCUAACGGGGGGACAAUGUGACAACCCGAUACUACGAAUGUAACACCCAUAAAUUUACGCGAAAUUUAAACUUUUAAUACUAACAAAAGAGUCAAAUAGUAUUUGUUUUUACAAAACAUUUCCAAUUCAUUUAUCAUCAGAGUGUCCCAAAAUAGAUCAUGAGGAUGAGGAGCGGUACGGUCACGCCUUCGCCUUCCCUCGCUCUCCUGAAGUACCUGAAACAAUAAACUGAAAACUGUAAGCCCGAGGGCUUAGUGAGCUAUCCCCAAAAUACCAAUACCACACUGGCAGAAACCAUAGCCAUACGAACAUCAAACAACAUACAUACUGGGCCAUCGGCCGGACUGGUCCGCCCUACUAGGCCUACAGUCUAUCUGAAUCUAUCCUGAGCCUUCGGCAUGACUGGUCCGCCGCGUGGGCCUACAGUUUCCCCGGACCGGUCAGAGGGUGUGUUGGCCUUCAGCACAAAGCAGGACCUCCUUAACCCAGCCAACAAGUAACUAACCAUGUACGCAUACUAUCAUAUACUGGCAUGUACACAUAGCAAACAUAUAUAUCUCAUUGACCAUCAAUCAUAGAGUUUCACUCAUAGCUAGAGUAUCGACCUAACAGGUCACUAACAUACCAAUCCUCACGGGCCAUAAAAGCAUAACAUACUAUCUAUCCUGAUUCCAAUCCAAUAGAUCAGAAUCUUAUGCAACAUACCAUAACUACCGAUCUUUAGUAUAACAACCAUCCUAAGCAGGAUAAAUUCUAGCAAAGCAAUAACAUAACACCCAUCCUAAACCAGGAUGAAAUCUAACAUGGCAAUAACAAAGCAACCAUCCUAACCCAGGAUGUAAACCAUAAAGGGCCGGCCUUGGUGCCGUAGACCCUAUCGAUAUAGUGAGGAUAACUCACCUCGCAGAUGUCGAUAGAAAUGCGAACCCCAACUAUCGGAUCACUUGACACCAGCUCCACCACCUAUAACCAUAGCACAAUAUACUCAUAAGUUCUUACUCUUAUGAGACACCCCAUAACCUACUAGUCAAUCCCUGAUCAAGGUCAGAGUCCUUGGUAAAGGUCAACAGUUCAUGUUGACCUCAACUCGUCGAGUACACUCGGCGGCUUGCCGAGUCUUUGAAGCACAUACCAACUCGCCGAGUCAUCGGGGUGACUCGUCGAGUUCCUUCGAAUCCUGAUCAAGUCUCAAGGUCGCCCGUCGAGUUUCCUCCUUGCAACUCGAUGGGUAUACAUGCAAACAUAUCCUUGGCUAAAACUCAUACAACUCGCCGAGUUGUUCUUCAACUCAUCGAGUUUCAUGACCAUGUUCAUCUAACUCGCCGAGUUGUUCAACCAACUCGUCGAGUUCACGGCUUCCUUCAACUGACUCGCCGAGUUGUUCAUCCAACUUGCCGGGUCUAAUGCAUAUCUUCAUAUGACUCGCCGAGUCGGCUUUGCGACUCGCCGAGUUCCUUCAGUUAAUUUAACAUGCAGACGUCUAUAAGCCAUGGCAAGGUACCAAAUUGUAGAUCUACACUACAAGAAAAAGACCCUUUUACGACGCGCAAACUACGACACUCGCUGAUUUAUGUUACGCAAAAGAGAGUGACAUUAAAAAAGCGUCAUCUCUUCAAAAAAUUUAAGAAUUUAGGUCACGCAUUAUUGCAUGCCCUUCAAUUAGUGUCUCAUGUAAAAAAAUUAAAAACACGGAGGGCACUUGUGCAUCCUCUGUGAAUGUUGUUUUAUAUAUUUUUUUAAGAAACGCGCUCCUUAGAGGGAAAAUGAAAUCCCCAAAUUUUUUCAACCCCCGCCUUCUUCUCCCUCGUCUCUACCCCUCUGUGAAUGUCGAUUGUAGCGUCGAUCGACAACUACGACUCAUCAGCCGUCAAUCGAAGCUACCAGAUAAACAACCCCUCCACCUUCUCGUUUCUCCUUUCCACCAGGUUUUCUUUAAUCGUUAUCCUCCACCUUCCUCGAUUGCAGAGGCAUCGUUUUAUAAUUCUUUUACCAAAAGCGCAUCCACUAUCCUCAAUUACAAAAGACGUCCAAAUCUAGGGCUUUUUUCAUAAAAUCUCAUUCCACCUCACCUCACACGCACCUCUACACAAUCGACUGUCACCAUCAUUCCUACCAUCCACUGCCGCCCUGCCAUCUCUUCCAUCACCACCACUUUCAUAUGGAAAACUUUCAAGAAGCCUCGUCUUCCAUAUGAAGAGGAACGACCAGAUGCACUAUGGAGGGUUACCACCAAGUCAACCCAUAUUCACUCUUAAACCUCUUUAGUUUACAUUUCAGGUCUCUCUCUCUCUCUCUCUCUCUCCCUUUCUUUCUCUCUCCCCCAUCUUCAAACCACCAGAGAAUUGAUUGAUGCGAUCUGUGUUUCUUGUUGAACUUUGAGGUUUUUCUUCAAUCUGUAGGGCUGUAGGCUCACAUAGAGGAAAACGUUCAUGCUUAUAAUUCCUUUACAAUUUUUUCCUGUUGAGACUUGAAAAUUUAGGAAAUCGUUUGUAAAUCUGGUGUGUUUUAAAAUUAAUUGAAUUCACUAUGUCACUAGACUUAUAGAGGCCGAGUUCAGAUGGUUAUAUUAGGUGGACUUCCUUUCUUACAAGAGAUAAAGAGGAAGGAGAAGAAGACAUAGGCGUGAUCUACAACCACCUGCUCCAGCGGUGACUCCCACUCCACCUCCCGUCUACCAUAACUAGGAAAUCCUAGAAAUUAGAAAACCCUUCUUUGGGAGAUUUAGGGUUUAGACUUCAUUCCAUCUCUCACUCUCCGCCAUUUUUGUCCACGAGUGCUGCAACACCGUUGUCACCAUCUAUUCCAUCACCCACCACAGUUGAAAUUGAUGAAACCCUACCUUCUCCUACUUUCAAUGCCUCAAAAUGGGUUGUACAUGUCGACGUUUCUUGUUUUAUUAUCCGAUUUCUCUCAAAAUCAAAUCGACCCAAAACCCUAGUUCUUGUUGCUUAAAUCAAUUUCAAAGGCGAACCUCCGACUUCAUUGCUUCUGUGAAACAGUUGAUCCCUGAAACUACUGAUGAACUAUGCAUACACUAUUGAGAACGGUGUUUAAAUAGCCAUCCAAAGCAACAUCCUACAAUGGCUGAGGUUAUGGUCGGACUCAAUUCUAUACUAUUUUUACAAGAGAAAACCAAUAAUACAUUGCACCUUGCAAGCAUGACCAUAUUCGGUAGAAAGAUGCCAAUGUUUCUCUUCCAUUCAAAUGGGGAAAACCAAGGGUUUUCUCUUCUUGUAGCUAUCUAUUGUACAUCACUAAUAAGGAAUUUUUUUUAUCAGUGACAUUGGUGACUGGAUUCUUCAUUUUGUUAAAUAAACUUUAGAAAGGGAUUCACUAAUACAGGUAAACCCCAGCUUUUGGAGAAGGAACACUAAGGCGUUAGUUUAAAACUCAUUUUUGUCAUCAUAUUGUAAUUUAUUUUGAACCAGCAUCAUUCAACAAUGUAACUUUUAAAUUAUAUAUAUGAUGGUUGUUUUACUUUCUUUACUAUGUAUACAACUGUUACGAUACUACAUGAAGUCACACCUGGUUCUUGGUACGUAUUCUCUUAUUUAUAUUUUUGCAUUUUGGCCUUGGACUCGGCGAGUUGAAGGACCAACUCGCCAAGUAGAAGCAUGAUGAGGUGAGGGGUUUAAGCUGUGGAAUCGACGAUCCGGGUCUCGGACUCGGCGAGUAGGCCCUGUAUGGACAAAAACCCUAACCCGAGGGUUUGCACCCUAUUUAAACACCUUAACUCGGCCUCCUUCGUCCCAUUUGCUCCCAGAAGACCCCCAUAGCAAACCCUAGCCGGUAUUGAAGCAAUCUAAGGCAUUUGGAGUGAUUUUGGUGCUUUUGUGACCCUAGGAAGGAAGGAGAAGCUUGAAGGAUCAAGAGGAGGCUAGAAGGAUCCGAGUUUGAGCAUCAUUUGCAGUCUACAGAAGGUACCUCUUCAGCAAAGGGGAAGGAGCUGGCGCGGUAGCGGCACAUCAUACACACACUCUUUGUUUUCCGCACGAUGAGUUAUUCUGUGAUUUGUACAAUGACAUUAUUAUGUUUUUACGAUUCGGUUUUUAGAUACGAUACAUGUUUUUAUUAGAUGAUAUGAUCGGAUGAUAUUUAGUUACAAAUGUUUUGUAAAUCACUUAAUCAAAGAUGAAAUUUUUGGACGUGAAAAUUGGGUCGUUACACAUCCGCCCUCGAAUGAUUCCGCCGUUCUGGUUUGGGGGUGUGACAAAGAAUGAUUCUCUCAUGAAUCUCACUAAUCCAAACUCUAUUUAUGUUUCUUCUUUCCUUAACUUCAAAGGAUAUAAGAAUUUAGGGUACACUGCUUUGUAGACACAGGUGCAUCCUUAUGUCUUGCAAGCAAGUUCAUCAUUCCAGACGAACUAUAGGAAAAUGCUCCCAAAGAAAUUAUCGCUACUGUUGCAAAUGGUGACACCAUAAAAAUUAAUAAAGUUUGCAGAAACAUUAAUCUCGAACUUGUAGGUGAACAUUUCAACGUUCCCACUAUUUAUCAACAAGACUCAGGAAUUGAUGUUGUAAUCGGCAACAACUUCUGUGAAGUCUAUGGACCAUUCAUACAAUGGAUAGAUAGAAUUGUCUUUCAUCUUAACAACGAUAUGAUAAUUGUGAAAAAGGUUAUUGAAGCUUUUAGUAAAGGAAAACCAGGUUUUCUUGAAACCCAGAAAAAGGGUUCUAAAGAAAAACAAAUUUCGGGUAUGUUAGGGUCUAAAUGUUGUAAUAUGUCGAAGUGUUAGUUACGUUGUUACGAAGUAUCUUUAGUCUUCGUAAGAAGUGUAUUUGGAUGUAAUGUUAUUUUUUACUAAGGCAUUAUAAUGAAUAGUCUAAAUGUCUAGUCCUUAGUAUUUUGUUAUGCUUUUGUUCUCCUAUAUAUAGGGGUCUGUACUAAGUGAGUAGAAGAACUUUCACUCAGUCUUUACAGAAUAUUCUUUGUACUUUGUAAAAUCAAGAGCAUAAUACGAGCUGAACCAAUAUUAUAUUUACUCUCGUGUUCAUCAUUUUUCUUCUUUCUGAAUUCUUAAUUGAAUUGAUCUUAAACUCGAUUUCAAAUAUCAUCAAUUGGUAUCAGAGCAGGAAUCCUUUCUGUGAUCUGAUUUUCAUACGAUCAAAAAGGUUUUUGAAUCUACUGUUUGAUUCAAAAAGUUUCCGUCCUUUUUGAAUUGAAAAAUUCUUCUUGAUCCCAAUCUAGGAUUUGAUUCUGCAAAAAUAUUUGUAAAUCGAGUGUUUGUUGUGUGAUUCUGAAUUGAAUUAUACAAUUUGAUUUCAAUAUUCUCAAAAGUUUUUGUAUCAUCUUGAAGUUUUUGUCCGUACAACAAUGGCAUCAUUCAAUCUGAAUUUGAUGACAUCAUUUUCUCAUUUGCUUGGAUCAUCCACAAAAAUUCCAAUGCUUAUUCCAGAAUAUUAUGAUCAGUGGGUAGAUAGGAUGGAAGAUUACUUGAACGGAUUAGAUGAAGAAUUAUGGAAAUGCAUCACAUGAGAAGUCAAUCAACCUGCACAAGUUCAGCCAAAUUGAAUGUCUUCAAGUAGUUCAGAAGUUGAUAAUCAAACCGAUCAUUUAAAACAUCUGGAGAAGAAAUGCAUGAGGGAAUUAAGAGGUGCGUUGCCUCCUGUUGUGUACAAUUAUGUCAGAACAUGCAAAACAGCUAAAGAAAUCUGGAACAAUCUCAAAGACAAAUUUCAAGGAAGUGAAAAGACGAAGAUCACAUCUGUGAAACAAUGCCUGGUGGAACUCAAAGAUUUAAGACAAAAAGAAAAUGAGUCUAUUGAAACAUACUAUGAUAGGUUCAAUGAGCUAAUCUAUUGUUGUAACCGUUAUAGUAUAAUAAGGUCAUCAAUGGAGUACAAUUUGAUAUUUGUAAUGGGACUUCGAAAGGAGUGGAGGAGUGUGAGUAUGAUGGUGAAAAAUCAACAGAGAUUUGAUACUUCGACUUUGAAUGACUUGUACAAUCAAUUAAAAUCUCAUGAAAAUGAAGUUAAUGAAAUAGCUGAGGAAGCGAAAGCUAGUCUUGGUGGACCAUUGGCACUAGUUUCGAAGGUUUCAGAAAGAGAGAAUGAAAAAUCGAAUUCUGAUGAAGAAGAAGGUUUUCUAAUGAAUUCUGAUGAUGAGGCUGUUGCAUUUUACUCAAACAAUAGAGUAAAGAAAUUUUUUAAGAAACCUUUUAAUCCAAAGAAGUCAUCAGAUUCGAAGGGUAGUUUUGAGAACAAAAACAAACUGGAUGAAAAGAAGCAAGAAAUGAAGGCAGAUUCGAAGAAUGAGAUGGAGCAAAUGAAGAUGAUGUUGAAAGGUGAUACAGGGAUUAAUUGCCAUUAUUGCUAUGGAGCAAAUCAUUUGGCAGUAGAUUGCUUGUUGAGGAAGAAGGAAGAAAAGAAAAAUAAAACAAAGGAUGAAGCAUACUACACUGAGAAACUGGAGGAAGUAAAGAAGAAAGCAAAGAAUUUGUCAUUGGUGGCUCAUGGAGAAACUGAAUCAGAUGGCACAUAUCAAAUAUGGUCUUCGGGUUCAGAUGAUGAAGAGAUGAAAAAUCCAACUCAUGGAGCUAUGUAUGCAAAGAUGGAAGAGGAUUCAGAUGAUGAACAUACUGACGAAGUGUGUGGGCAAUGCUUCGUUUCGAAGUCUACUGACAGGUUGCCCAUGACUACCAAGGUACGUAACAUUCUUGAAUCUUUUAACAUUCCAGUUUCUGCAUAUAAUUCUGAGUUAGUAUCUUUUGAUGAAACAGUUACUUACUUUGAUUCAAUCGUUGUGUCUGCUAGCAAUGAAGCGAAAAAGUUAAGUGAUCAAUUACUAGAGACAAGAAAAAUGUUGGACUCAAAAGUCACUAGGAUUGAUUACUUAGAAUUGCAAGUUUCAAAUAUUAUGGAGGAUAGAGAAAAAUUAGCAAAAGAAAUAAACUUGUUGUUAGCACAAAGAAAUAUUUUCUGUAAUUCGGCAAAAAGAUUGUAUGGAAAAUUAACUGAGUUACAUCAUUCGUGUGAAAUAAGUAAGGAACAACAUAGAAAAUUACUACCAUUUUUAGCUUAUGAUAGGGCUAAGGUAGAUAGUAUUUCAUAUGAUUGUGAAAAGGAAAUUUCUGAUUUCAACAAAGUUCCAGAUGAUAGGUUUAGAUUUGGAAUUGCUAAAGUCGAAGAUUAUCUUGAUGCUAAUGAUUUAGUAAAAAUUGUAAAUGAGACAUUAUCUAAAUCAGAACAACUUCGAAUUUUGAAAAAGACUGAGAAUUCUACAUCUAAUUGUGAAACUAAUAUUGCUGAUAUUGAAGAUAAUUCUGAUAAUAUUAGUGAAAUUAGUGAUUUAGAAGAUGUAGAUUGUUCUCAAUUGACUGUCAUAAAUGUAGCAAAUUCAUUUAAAGGGAAAGAAAAAUGUGAAUAUUUAUUAAUAAAAAUUGAAACUUAUAAACCCUCAACUUCGAAAGUUUGUGAUAUGGAGUUUGUGGAAAUACAUAAGAGUCAAACCGAUGAUAGUGACAAUGAGGAAGAAAAUACAAAUUCGAAGCCAAUUCAAAGGUCGAAAGAAAUUGAAAUUCCUCGAGUGGUUGUUGAUCAAGUCUAUUUGGAUACACAAGAAUUUGAGAAAAUUCUUAGUGAAAAAGGUGCUCAUUAUCUUGAAUCGAAUACUGUUGUUUAUCCAAUCUUCAAAUGCACUGAUGAUAUUGUGUUCCCAAAUCAAGUCUUCAUAACAAAAGGUAAUGUUGAAAAUAUAAAGCCUGAAUUCAAAAAGAUGAUUGAGGAAGACAAUAUGCAAACUUCAAAUGAAGGAUUCUUUUCAAAUCAAAGUACAGUUGAAAACAAUCUUACAAAGAAUUCAUAUAAAUUUCAACAUCAAAAACCAAAAAGAGUAUGGGUUGAAAAGUCAAAAGUUGAAAAGAAGAAAGUUAACCCAACUGAAAAUGUGUUUACAAAGCACGAAGGUGUUAAAACAGAUGUUAAAACUAUCAACAAAGCAAUAAAAUUAAAUUCAAAAGAAUUUAAAGCUCAAGUUGAAAAUUUUUCAAAGGAAAAUAAUAUUUCGAAACGUCAAGCGAGAAAAACAAUUUUUUGGCAAACUGUUGAGUCAUCAAAAAUGAUAUCAACAAAUUUUUCAAAAAGAAGAAAAGUUUUUAAAGAAAAAUCAAAGUCUCAAAUUUUUGAAAAGAAAAAUGCUUCGUUUUCAAAUAAUGAAACAAAAGUUUCAAAAGGAACAAAAACAACAAUACCAAGGAAAAAUUUUCAGAAAAAGGUUGAAACACAGACUUCAAAGUUACAAAUCAAGACAUCUUAUCAUGAAUCAUAUCUUUCAAAACCAAAAGUUGAUUAUGUUCCAAAUUCGGCAAAAUGUUAUAAUCCUUUGAAGAAACAAGUUGACAAAGUCUCACAUGCGAAGGGUAUAACAACGAAAAGAAAUAUUGAUCAUUGGUUGGAAGGAAAAGGAAAAAUGUAUCAAUCAAGUAAGUUUUCGAAAGAACAGAUACAUGAGGCGUAUGACAAGUAUGCUAAUCCUUCAACGAAUGGUAAUUCAUCAUCCAAAGAGUCAAAUAUAUCAGUUAAAGUUUGGCAGCCGGUCACAAAAUCAAAAAGUGAAAAAUCACAAACUCAAGAUGCGAAGGGUGUAAUUAGUGAAACUUUGAAAAUAAUAAAAACUCAUAUAUCUGACCCUUCGAAUGAAAAUGUUAACUUUAUUGACAGUUUCAAAACCAAAGUUUGUGAUUGGGUUAAUGGUUGUACUUUACAAUUGAAACACAAACCUAAUAUGAAUGGACCCAACAAAGCUUGGGUACCUAAAUUUUUCCAAUGAUCGCAGGUACUUUGUGACGAGCAAUAUGAUAACAAAUGGUAUAUUGAUAGCGGUUGCUCACGUCACAUGACUGGGAAGAAGGAAAACUUGCGUGAUUUUCGAAGCUUAGAAAAUGGAGGAGUGGUUAAGUUUGGCAAUAAUCACAAAUGCAAAGUCAAGGGUUAUGGAAAGAUAACGAAUGGAAAUUUCACUAUCAACAGAGUUGCAUUUGUUGAAGGUUUACAACACAAUUUGAUAAGUGUUUCACAACUUGUUGUGGGCACUGGAAAUCAAGUUCUUUUUAAUGAAGAAGGAAGUGUCAUUUCGAAUGUUAAGACAAAGGAAGUUUUACUUAAGUCAAAUAGAAAAGGUGAUAUGUUUACAUUGGAUAUUGUUCCUAUUGUAGGCAAACCUGCUGUGUGUUUACUUUCGAAGGCUGCUGCGAUGUUAGCUGGUUAUGGCACAGGAGAUUAUCACAUCUCAAUUUUCGAAACAUCAACAAACUUGUCAUACAAGAUCUGGUAAGAGGUUUACCCAUUCUUAAAUAUGAUACUGACAGUUUGUGUGCAGCUUGUGAAGUAGGAAAACAACACAAACAAGGUCAUCCUAUCACAAUAGAUUCGAAGAUUGUUGAACCCCUCGAACUCUUGCAUAUUGAUUUAUGUGGUCCUUCAACAGUUGCUACUCUUAACAAGAAAAGGUACAUUUUGGUAAUUGUAGAUGAUUUUUCAAGAUUUACGUGGGUUUAUUUUCUCAGGUUAAAAUCCGAAGUUCCACAAAUGAUGAUUGAUUUUAUCAAGAAAAUGGAAGUUUCAUUGAAGAAGUCAGUUCGAAAAAUUAAAAGUGAUCAUGGAACUGAAUUCAAAAAUCGUGUCUUUGAUUCAUUUCUGGUGGAAAAAGGAAUUUCGCAUAAUUUUUCAUCUCCUUAUACACCACAAAAAAAUGGUGUAGUUGAGAGAAGAAAUCGAUCAUUAUGUGAAGCUGCAAGAACAAUGUUGGCUUAUUUGAAUUUACCUCAAUAUCUUUGGGCUGAAGUUGUUUCAACUGCUUGUUUUACUCAAAAUCGAUCAUUCAUUCAUAGACGGUUUAAUGUUACUCCUUAUGAAAUAAUCAAUAAUCGAAAACCUAAUGUCAAAUUUUUUCAU